AUGAAUAUUUUACCAGAAAGAUUUAUGAAGGAUGACAAGCGGGAUUACUGUUUAGAGUAUAUUGUAGAGUUGUGUUACCCGAGUCCACCAUUUGAUAAAAAGGUUUCCCAAAAGUACUUCCCAUCUACCAAUUUACUAAAAGUUUCUCAAGGAGAGGUAGAGAAACUGGCUGACUUGAGAGAAAAGAAAGAUGUUGUGUAUGUACAAGAAACGCGAUGGAAAGGAAAAAAGGAGUUGGGUGAUGGAUAUAAGCUAUACUAUAGUGGAGCAAAUAAACAAGGGUUUGAAGAUGUUCAAGAAUGUUGGGCACGAAAUCCAGCAGUAAUAAGAAGGCAUGGAAAAGAGCUGCUAGGAGAGACAUCUGGUAUCAUAUGGGAAGAAAAGGGGAGCUGGUGGUUGGAUGAAGACAUUGAGAAAGUAAUAAAAGAUAAGAAGGAGGCAAAGAAAAGAUGGGAAGAGUCACAGUCGGCGGAAGACAGAGAUAGGUUCAGAGAGAUAAACAAGAUGGUGAAAAAGGUGGUAGCCCAAGCUAAAGCAAAGUCUUAUGAUGUGUAUAAUGAGCUGGGGACAAAGAAAGGAUUAACGAAGAUGAUCAAGCUAUCAAAGGCUAGAAAUAAGAGCACGAAAGAUAUUGCACAUAUCAAACAAAUAAAAGAUCAAGAUGGUGUAGUACUUAGAAAGGAGGAAGACAUUGUGAACAGAUGGAAAGAAUAUUUCUAA